AGAAAACAGCAUCUGUGGAGGUCGGCUUUACUUUGGAGCAAAUUUCCAGCCAGUCUGAUGAAGCACAAGCAAUGGACAUAAACUGCAGAUCUAUUGAGUCACCUGUGGGAGGAACUCAGACACAAGCAAUGGAUACAAACUGCGAAUGCACUGAGUUAGCCAUGGCAAGAACUGAGAUCCACAUUUCUUGGAACACUCCAAAACCAAUGGAACAUGUAGUUAGCCAGAAGGAACCACUUCAACAGGUUGAAGAGGAGGAAGGUGUUCAAGUCACAUUAGUAGAAAAUGCUCCCGAUCAACCCAUGGAGUGUGACUGCAUUGAACAUGACUCUGAAAAAUUGGCCCCAGUAGUUGUAGAGACCAUGGGAACUGUGGAAGUAGUCAGUGAAGCAAUUUGUGAAGUGACUGAAAGUGCAAUGCCAACUGUAGAAAUUGAAGGUACUGACCCUGCAAAGGAUGUGCAAUCUGCUAGAAAUGCUUCAGAAGCUGAUGAUGAAUGUGUUAGUAGAAUGAAUGGAAAAUCUCCACGGCCUACAGAAGCUGACUGUGUUUCUGCAGGUGGACCAUGUGCAAGUUCAGAUUGUCUAAUCGAACUUGAUAGUGCAGUCAACAGUGAGAAGGUUGUAUCUCUGAAUAUUAUUGAGAAACCUGAAGAUUCAGGGAAGUUUGUGGAUGUCAAGGCAGCAGAUACUGAAGGAUGGAUUCGGAAUUCAGAGCCAAAUUUCACUGGCUGUGACUUGCAGCAGCCAAAUGGAAGUACUGUGGAUUCUUCUUCAACUGUCAAAGAAACACCUGUUGAAAAUGUUUGUAUAGCUGAAGACCAGGAAGAAAAUUCCAUUCAAAGCAUUGACUUUACUUACAUAGGGUCCAUACCGGAACCAAUCAGUCCCUUAACCAGUCCCUUACGGCCUGUUAGACCUUCAACAUUAGAGACUUCUGGUACACAAAAGGAAAAGGAUGUUGACGACAAGGAUUCUACCCUGAAAGUCCAAGGUGAUUGUUCUUCAAGGAACUGCACUCAAGAGCUGAAUAAAAAAGAUCAGGAACCGUUGUGCAAGACUGGAGAAAAGGCAUUGGGCAUUUUGUUAGAGAACUGUUUUUCAGAAGAAAUAGAAGAAGGAGAAAUUGUGAGUGAUGAUGAAGCCUCUGUACCUGAAAUACAGAAAUCAGUGAUUGACGUUCAGAUGGAGAAAGAGAACAACGACAAAGUGAAAUGUAAUCCAAGUAAAAGUAGACCCAAAGAAGAAGUAAGAUUGGUAAAUCCUGAUCAAUCUACUGUAAACUGCUCCUCCGAGGACUUGACCAAAAUAAAGAGCAGUAAAAAACAAAAGAAAUCGGAAAAGGUGACUUCAAAUCAAAAUGCUGAUGUGGAAAUUCUCAACCCCAGUUCUGCAGAAAGAAAUCAGAUUAAGUCCUCGGUCUCAAAUUUGAUGGGUGCCUUAAUGGUGACUCGCAAGAUUGUUCGUAAAAAAUACAUGAAGCUCCAUAAACAGUUUGAAAUCCACAAGUUUCAGCGGAUAGUUGAAAUUGCCUCUGCCGACUUCAUCUCUGUUGUUAAAAAUUCCAAUUUUCCAAAGUCCAGGCGGCCAUUAAAGACCUCAAUCUGUGCAGAAAUUGAAAACAUUCUAAUGCAGGCUAAGUGCAAUGGGAUUGUAAAUAGCAUUUUCUCACAGCAGGCCCCAAACAUGAAGGAAAAACUCUGGAUGUUCGUGGACAAGCAAUUUGAUUUUAUGUUUGAAAAGGUGCGUGACAUGUUUAUCUCUUGUGAGAGUAUAAGUCUAGAAUUGGCCUUGGAGGAGAAAAGGGAAGAUGAGAAGUUUAACAAUAAACAGAAGAAAAAUACAGUGGUUAAACAGUUCAAGGACAGAGUUGGCAACAAAUUAUCAAAGUUGAAAGUUCCCCCCCCUCCUUCAGGGCCAUCGUCGACAAAUACCUCGUCAAGCAAAAAAAACUCUGGUAAAAAUAAACCAGCCAAUGAUGAUCGGAAACUUAAAGGAACUCCAGUAUUAAACAAGCAUUUAAAGAAGAGUGUAGUAUGUUCAGCUAAUGGUAUCCCCAAGGAAGAUGACCUGAGCACAAAAGGCAAAUAUGAGCUGCCUGUGACUCAGGUGAACUUGGUUGAUCCACCAACCAGUUCCAACACUGUGAAAGACUGCCAUGAUAAAACAGAACUUGGCAUUCUGACUGAACAACAGGCCUCUACUCUCACAUUUAACUUGGUUAGUGAUGCUCAAAUGGGUGAGAUAUUCAAGUGUUUAUUACAAGGCUCAGACUUUCUGGACCAAGGGAUUACAACGUUGGAAUGUAAUUCCUGGCCUAUCCCAGAUAAGGUACGGCCUGACAUCGGAGCACAUAUCUUGGGUAAUGAUUCCACUUCAGAGAAACCACCACCAGUGUCUCAGCUGGAUACUGCUACAUGGCCUCCUGUUACGCCAAACACACACACAGUUGGGUUAAGGCCACCACUUGAUCUGGACAUUCUAGAUGAAAGUUGCAUGCUGGAAAUUCCAGAUAAGGUGAUGCAAACCAAAGAUUCUGUGAUCAGUCUAGGUGACGAUUCACAUCGACAAAAGAUAAUCGAAAGUAGUUCAGUUCCAGAACGUUCCUCUGUUCCCUCUAUUCUCAUGGAGGAUUUGGCAGUUUCUCUUACAGUCCCCUCACCUCUGAAAUCAGAUGGGCAGAUCAGCUUCUUAACAUCUCAAAAUGGGGAAUCUCUGCAUGAGGAAGUCAAUAAAGCAAUUUUGACUGCACAUUAUAGUGAAAGUGCUCUUCUUGAUGAAGAGGAUGCUUCAGAGCAAGAUAUUCACUUGGCGUUGGACUCAGAUAACUCAAGCAGCCGGUCAAGCAAUUCUUCAAUGUGGAACAAACAGGUUUCAGCCUCCUCUUUUCAAUAUCAGCUCCAACCCCCAAUGCAGGCAGUCAUAAUGGAAAAAUCAAAUGAUCAUUUCAUUGUUAAGAUUAGAUGCAGGCCCCCUGAUACCAAAACUAGUCAACAAAGCUCACCUUCUGUGGGAUUUGAGCUGGAACCAAACAAUGACCUUGGCACCGAGGCAGUCAAUGAGUCUGCAAUGCCUUGCAGCAGUGGGGGUGUAGUGCUUGGUCAGGAUCAGGCACUGUCAGAAUCAAGUCACGAUCAGUAUUUAACUGCAAAACAUCCAGAAGAUAGCAGCAAAAACAUGGACAAGUUGGGAAUAGAUGCUGAUGUAAAACUAGCUCAUUCUGAGGAAGAUCAACCAUCAACUGAAAAGCACAAAAAUGUGGAGCCUUUACUUAAAACUCCCAGGGACAGUGCUGCGAGUGAGACCUUGACCACAGCAGCGUGUACAGAAAUGGUUUCAGGACAUGGUGCUUUGAGUGGCAGGAAGAGGAAAUGUAACGUGAAAGCGGAUUCCACCGUGAAAAGGCCACGAAAGGAGAAUGAGCUUUUGAAAAGCACUAAGAGCAAAAACAAAGAAAGCAAAUGUAAACGGACAUCCCCCUCUUCAGCAAAGAAAGCUCUCAGCAGCAAAACAGUAGUUACUUCAAAGAAAACAACGGUAAAUCCUUCCCAGUCUACAACCAAGUCACCAACUAGUCUUCCUGCUAAAAAUGUCAUCAAGAAGAAUGGUGAAGUUUUGGUAAUGUGGACCAGGGAGGAUGAUCGAGCGAUACUGAUGGGUUGUCAACAGAAGGGAGCAAAUGAAGAGACCUUUGGUUACAUCGCUGGAAAACUGCAUCGGUCCCCUGUUCAGAUUUCAGAACGGUUCCAUCGUUUGAUGAAAUUAUUCAAGAAGUCAGGAAACAUGAACAACUGAAAGAUUGUGCAUCUGUCCUUUUGUAUUUCUGUCCUGCCAAAAGCAUUCAAGAAGUUUUGAAGAAAUAUUAAGCCACAGAGAUGGCUGACAACCCACGUUUCAUAUCCAGUGCUUUUUCCUACUGUUAAACUUAGAAAUGUUUCUUGUGAUUGCAUCUCUGAAGCAUUGAUUUAUGGAGACAUAUCUCAGAAUGGCACACACCAUACAGGAAGGACCUUUGUACCUAAUUAUGUCACCUUUAACCUGAAAAUUAUCAUUUUAUACCGGACUAGCUAAUGUUAACUUCGUAGCAAGCUCAUUAAUAUAUAUCUUAAAUCCCAUGUUUUUUUCAAUUGAAGGUUCAGUGAAAGUGAAUUGAAAAUCUCAAGUUUUUAAAAAUAUAUUCUUUGUCUUUGCAGUGUUCCCUCUACAUUCGUCUAUAUUGCCAUCAUUUGACUAUGUAUCCCAAUGUGCUCACUGAAAUGCACUGUCAGAUUAAUAGUCUGUAAAGUAUAAAAUAUGUAUUUGUACAUAAUGCAGUUUAUAUUUUUGUGAAUAUCUUUCAAAACAGGUUUGAAACUUUUUGAAGCUGUUUGCAUUCACACCUGUGUAACAUUUUAUAGAAAUGUUAAAUAGAAAUGCUGUAAAUUUGUUAAUAUUAUAAAUACAAGUUUUUGAAAUUUACAGAUGUUAAGUAUGUUUCAAACUGUGAAGACUAAUUAUUGUAAUUUAUUUUUGCUAGGUUGCAAUGUGAGAAGUAAAGGUUACUUUUUAAUUUU